AGGACAUGCCCUUGCGGUCCCCAGACUGUUCUGGCAAGCUCUCCUUGGGCUUCCCAGCAAGUGGGGCCAUGUGUGCCUCCCCCUAAUCCCUGAUCACAGGGGAGUGAGGCACAGGGUAAACAGCCAGCCACACACGGGCACACAGCUCUGUGCCUGACUGCAGGGCUUUUGCUCUUAGGCACCACAAGCAACAAGUGGUCUCCUGCCGAGAGAAAUGUUCGGCUCCUGCCUCCCCUGGAAAACACUGUUUGUUCUAAGUUUAGCAGUUCUUUUUGCAGACUUUACCGAAAUCCGAGCGUUUGCCGAUCGAAGCGAAUGCAAAAGUGCAACCAUAGAUGAUGUGAAUGGGAGUCUCAAGAAAUUUUCGAAAUGCUUGCCUGAAAUGAUUGCUGAGGGUGAGAAAGCUUCAAUCAAUUUCCUGGCAUGGACACUACAAGAAACUCUUGAUCUGCUGCGCCCUGUUCAGGAGCAAUUUUGCAAGCAGCUAUCUCCAUGCCCUCGCCCAGUGGCCCCAAAAAACGGGGGGCUGGUGUGUGUGACCAUUGACAACACUCAGUACUGCAAACCCAUGUGCAACCAGGGUUAUGACUUCCAGUUCCUCAGGAGCAGCAGGCUGUAUGAAGAGUGUGGCAAUGCCACGGGGUUCUCCUGGACCACGCAGCUUGUUGGGGAAAAGGCACUGGCAGUCUGCAACCCCUCCGAGGUGGCCAUCAGUGGAGCUAAAUCUGCCUAUUUCCCCAGCAACAGCACCUGUGUGCACACUCUUGCCUUCCCUGAGGCUCAGGCAGAGCAGCUGAACAUCUUCCUCCGGGAGAUGGCCGAGCGCGGCAUCGACGGCUCGGGCCGAGACCCGGGGGCUGACUGUGUCACCUGUGGUUACUGACAGCAGCCUGAGCACAGCCAGCCUCUGACUGCACUCGGGCAGCAGCAGCAGAGCAGUGAAAUCAUGGCUGGCACCUGUAAACACACAGCUUUUAUUUAGUUAAAGGUCGGGAGAUCGUAGUCAUGACCGCAGCUUUGGGCUACGGACAUGUAGGCUAAAUCUAAUCCCGCAGCUCAUGGCAAGAAUUUCAAAGGAAGAAGACCACUUUUAUGGCUUUAAUUUGUCUAGCUGGAAUGAAGUAAGAUUUUUUUAACAGUUUUUUAAUGGAUACCUUCCUAUUGGCUUAACUUCUUCAGGAUCUCUGCAGAGAGUGAUAACACUGAGUGUUGUCAGAAAUUGUCCUGUCAGGGGUCCUCUUUACUGAGAAGGGGCUGUGCUUCCACUCACAUUUACAGCUGCCAGUUACUCACUGUUAUUGCUCUGAUGACCAUUUAAGCUGUGUAAGUGACGAGAGUUCCUGGCUGCAGGGGUAUGGUACUUUAUUCACUUGAUUGCUUGACUGGGGCUUAGUACAGCAGCAGAAAACCUGUCCAUUGUCCACCUGGCACUAAGUGAAAGUGAAGAUCAGAAGCAACUCAUCAUUGGUCACCCAGUUUAUCUGUGGAGCUGUAGCUACCAAACAAUGUGCAUGUGAAUUAUUGUGAAAUAUAAACAAGAAAUUCAGUUA